AUGGAACCAAGCUGCCAAGCUGAUGAUGGAGCUAAUACUGCAACAGUUGAUGAUUAUGAACCAUUUAUAGAGGAUUACUCACUUUAUACUGAUUAUGAUGCUGAGUUUAAUGUUGAAACUUCAUUUAAAAAACAACCAGAAGUGGAUUAUCUAGAGGGUAUGGUGAGUGAUGAUAGUGGAGAAGCUUUCUACUCUGAGAGUGGCCAUGGUUCUGAGGAUAGUGGAGAUGAUUCUGAUGACAGUGAAUACAAUGUGGAUGAGUCUAGCAUACAAUUUGAUGUAGAUGUAAACAUGAGUGAAUUCCAUAAUGUUGUUGAUGUAGAUGAACAUGGAAUCUUGAACAAUCAUUCAAAAGAUGAAAGGAUUGACAUGGUUGAUGAUGAGUUGGAAGUUAUUGCCACUGAUGAUUAUCAAUUUGCAGGAUUUCAUGAAGAUGAUAGGAAGAGACUGCUAAAAGAGUUGAGUAAGUCAAGUACAUGCUCACAUGGAGAGGUUCAUGUUAAACCAUUUCAGAUUGGCCAGGUCUUCAAAACCAAGAUUGAUGUUAAAAACUACAUGAACUCACAUGCUGUAGCAACAAGGAGGUCUUUAUACCUAGCCAAAAAUGACAAAAUCCGGAUUAGGGUGAAAUGUAAAGGUGUUGUAAGUAAGCCUUCUACAGGAGUUGAUGGUGGUGGGCCCUCAACUAGAAGUAGGGCAAAGUGCAAGGGUAAAGAUGUAAUUGCCAAUAAAGUUACAAUGGCAACCCUCUCUUCCAAUCGAUUCUUUGAUCUUAUCAAACCUGGAAUCACCACCAAAGCCCUACCACACAUAGGAGGAUCUGACCAUCGAAUGAAACCACAUCUUCUACAGUUCCAAAAUUGUCUUCUAGGGUUACGAUCCGUCCAUGAAGUGAUCUUCGUUGCUUCAUUUCCACAUCUGCAAGUCACCAUCUUUGAAUCAGAAGCGAUUGGAUGUCGUAAAGGGUGCAACGGUCGAGCAACAGUGGAAAGGAGGAGAGAUGAUCGACUGACGAAGCUAAAGGAUUUGCCCAAAAAUCGGACAUGCAAUUUCUUUUAA